AUGACAAUUACGAGCGGGUUCCACCUGCUGCGCAUCGACGGGCACUCGCAGACCAAGAACAUUCCCCCGGGCCAGAAGCUCUCCUCCCAGGGCUUCGCCAUCGGCGGCCACAGCUGGCGCCUCGACUACUACCCCACGGGCCUUGCCACGGCGCCGAACCCCGGCUCGGCCGUCUCCGUGUACCUGCAGCUGAUGACCCACAACGUGAAGAAGCUGCUCCAGGCGCGGUACAGCUUCAGCAUCCUCGACCAGUCCGGUGCCACCGCCUACGAGCUCCCCGCUUCCACCGGCACCUUCGCCGGCGUCCCCUUAAUUAUUACACAACCACCACCACGCCAACGCCAACAAACAUGUCGAGGAUGACGGUCCGGGGUGCGGGCACGAGGAGUUCAUCACGAGGGAGUAGCUGGAGCGGCGCGAGGGCCUGGUCCGGGACGACGCCCUCGUGCUCCGCUGCGACGUGCAGGGCGUCACGGAGAUCGCCACCGGCUUGCUCGCGCACGACGACCUCCAUGGGUUCGGUUACGGGAGCGACGACGACACGGAUGACGAGGAUGAGCAGUACCCCACGUUUGGGGCUCCUCGGCACCGGCGGCGGCGAAGGCAGCACCGGAGGCCCGAUGACAGGGAGUACGUCAAGUGGUGCAUGGCGCAGCGGCCUGCUGAACCACCGCGCCGCCGUCAUUAGCCAUCGACGAUCAUAACGGACCGAUCCACCAACUACGUAUGUGCGAUCGCUCAUUGGAUUCCCUUAAUAAUCGGAACACAAAAUGUUUCCAUUUUUUUCUCAAGCUUAUAUGUAUGAGCCGAGGCUCCGAUCUAAUGCAAGGAAAA